UCACGUCACCCUCCAUCUCCUCCGCCCCUCUUUCCAAGAUUCUCCACACCCUCCAAUCGCGACGAAAAAGGGAAGGCAGAGACAUCGCCGAAAAGGAUCGGCGGCGAGAGAAGAGAUCGAGAAAGGCGGCGAAAAAGUGAGGAGAAAGUUUCUCCCUGCAAGGGGCAGCUCGGUGCCGUGAGCUGAGAGGCCUAUCCAUCCCAUCGAUUUCGUAUCACUCCCCAAGAUGGGAUUCUGAUGCUCGAUUCCUCCAGCUUUAACCUCCUGGGCAUCUCGUUAUAUCCCUCGUGGGGUUUCCAGUUUUCACUUGAAUUCUGUAUCAUGGAGGCUUCACUUCUGCCGUCUUCAAUCUUUUAGUCCAAUCUCAACUUCUUAAGUGGCUAGCUUAGCUGUGUUCGUCCGAUUUCUUGGCGGCUCGCCAUUUUUUGCCAGAAAAUUGCUGUCCUCUGUCUGAUAUACCCUGUUCUUGAUUCCAUCUCUUUUCCUUGGCAACUUUCUUGAAUUCUUGUGCAACUUGCCCAUUGACUACACACAAAGAGAUUGUUCUCGGCACAAAUGGACGACGGAGUGGACCUCCCGAGCCAAUUCUUCUUCUCCCACCAGGAGAUGCCCGGCACCUUCGACGACCUCCUGAGCAGCAGCAGCAGCGCGGCAACCUGCAGCCACACGCACACCUGCAACCCUCCCGGCCCGUCGGCCGCCAUGCACACGCACACCUGCCUGCACACGCACACCCAGGUCUUCGACGCCGGCAGCGACGACGACAACGACGCCGCCAGGGACGACCAGGCGAGGCCCCGGCGGCCGCUGGGGAACAGGGAGGCCGUGCGCAAGUACCGGGAGAAGAAGAAGGCGCACGCGGCCUUCCUGGAGGAGGAGGUCAAGAAGCUCCGCGCCGCCAACCAGCAGCUGCUGAGGAGGCUGCAGGGUCACGCCACGCUCGAGGCCGAGGUGGUCAGGCUAAGGAGCCUCCUCUUCGACGUCCGGGCAAAGAUCGAUGCCGAGGUCGGCGCGUUCCCGUUCCAGAAGCAGUGCUGUGUUGGCUCUGUGGUGUGCACUGAUCCGACCCUCUGCUUCAAUGGCAGUUCUGAUGAGGUUGGUGGUGUCUGGGAGGAGAGCUCUGGGCUGGCAGCUGCGGAUUGCAGGUUCGACGAAGAUGGCGAUGGCGGCGCGUCGAGGGAGAUCAAUGUUUCGGAAGCUGUGCGUUCCAUGGAUGUUGUUGAGCUCUGCUUCCCUGGCUGAUUAACUGAAUGUGCUAUUGUAGGCUUGUCUUGCAUUUGUUUCAGUAGUUCUUACACGAGAGUUAUUUUUCUUUUUGGUGAAAAUACACUCUUAUGGAAUGAAAGGGCAAUAUCAGGCUGGACAACUGAUCUGAUGGUCUGAUACAUAUACUUGUAUAAUAGCAACAGAAGAAGGCUAAUAAUACUCAGAUGUGUUCAACA